AUGUUUUCACACUGGGUCACAUGCGCCCUGCUCGCCCUCCAGCUGAAGAGAACUUCAGCAUCGGCUUCUUUCCUCCCCUGUAUGGGCAACGUCAACGAAAACACAAUCACCCUCUUCAGCCAUGCCCCAGUGACAUUCUCAUUUGAAAUUCCCAACGCUUCUGACUGCGCAAAAAAGUGCUCAGAUUUGGCUUCCUGUCGCAAUUGGCUUUUCUCUAUCUCUGGCAAAGAAUGCCAUUUUUACCGCGAUGAACCGUUAGUCAAAGCUCCGAAUCCACUAUUCGUGUCGGGUUCUUGUGGAAAAUUCUCUCCCUCGUCAUCGGCCAUAGUGUCCUCCAGCGCCCGUCACCAACCGACGCCGCGCUCUUGGGCCAAGCAUGACCGUUCUGCUCACGUCCAGCAUCAUCGGGGUCAACAUCAUCACUAG